AUGGCUAUCUCUCAAUCAGAACCAAGAAGGAUUUCAUGCGCAUACCAGCAAUGUCUCACAAAGGCAUUGGAAGGCAUAGAAAAAUUGCUAGAAGCACUAUCUCCUGAUAAAAAGGAAGAGAUAAUGGCCAAAGCACGGAGUACAAUACAACUAAGCCUAGCAGAUAGUGUGUUGCGAGAAGUUAUGGGCGAGAAGACUUCAGAUUCACUAUAG